ACACACACACACACACACACACAGCCUCCUCCACAGCCUCCUCCUCUCCUCCUCCUCCUCCUCCUCCUGCACUGAAGCCGGACUCCUCUGCCGGGUAAACUGCACCGACCAUCGGCUGUUAUCGUCGCUGUUAAAGCCCCGUCUGCAUCUUCCAUCAGCCGGCUGCACGGAAAACAUCCACCCGCGGUCCUCUCAUCUCCGGUAGGCCUGACGCAGUAGCAUCAUGGAGGAGUUAGACGUUCCACAGAUGAGGAGAGAAGUGGAGAGCCUUCAGUAUCAGCUGGCUAUCAACAGAGAGAAAUCCUCCAUCACCGUGACUGAGCUGGUGAAGUGGAUCGAGGGUUGUGUUUGUGAAGAUCCAUUUCUGAACCCUGAGCUGAUGAGAGCUAACCCCUGGGUCGAGAAGGGCAAGUGUGUGAUCCUCUAAUGGUCACACACACAUGGAGACACACGCACACACAUACACACACACACACACACACACACACACAAGCACACGUAUAGACACACAAUCACAGAUGCAUAUAAACUAAAGAAUCAUGCACUCCCACGCACAGUCACGCUGCACUAACUCACACAUCCUCUCCCUUUCUCUCACACACACACACACACACACACACACACACACACAAACACACAAACACACAAACACACACUUAUUAUUGCUAUAAUCAUGUUUAUUUAUUGGGAGACUCCUGAAUGCUUUUAAUUUAUGUAAAGACUACUGUGUGUUUGUGUGUGAGCGUGCAGCACCGAGUAGCUUUCUAGAGGUUUGUUUUCAUGGACUGCUCUGAAAUGUUCAACAACACGUUUUUAUUGGCUCUUUACACUGUCAAUCAAAAUAAAGACUGUUUUGAAUUUAAA